ACAAAAGCAGCAUGGGUCAUGUUUUUAGUUUCAGAACUGUGUUUUUUGUUCUCAGUCCAUAACGAUAUAGUUAUUUAAAUGAGUAAAGUAAUAUGUGCGAUAUCUGGGGGAGUUGACAGUGCUGUUGCUGCUCUGCUGUUAAAAAGAAGAGGAUUAAAUGUGGUGGGAGUUUUUAUGAGAAACUGGGACCUGGAAGAUGAAGUUGGGCAGUGUAGUGUACAAGAAGAUGCAACUUAUGCAACUCGUGUGUGUAGAGCAUUGGAUAUACCAUUCUAUGAGGUAAAUCUAGUCAAGGAAUAUUGGACUAAUGUGUUUAUGCCAAUGGUGGACCAGUAUGAAAUGGGAAAUACCCCAAACCCAGACAUUCUAUGCAACCAGCUUGUCAAGUUUUCAGCAUUUCAUAACAAGUGCUCCUCAAUGUUUGGCAAUGUUGUCAUAGCAACUGGACAUUAUGCCAGAACAACACUUAAUGAUCGAGUUUUAACCGCAAAAGUUCCCCAUACUGCAGAACAAAGAUUGUUGAAAGCUGUGGACCCUUUCAAAGAUCAAACUUUCUUUUUACACAAAGUUGAUAGAACUGCCUUGCUUCGUUCCUAUUUUCCUCUUGGUGGGAUUUUCAAAUCAAAAGUAAAGGAAAUUGCAGCAGCUUCAGAAAUCUCAUUUGUGCUUAAAAGAAAGGAGAGUGCUGGUAUUUGUUUCAUUGGAAGAAGGGAAUUCUCAAAUUUUAUUAAGAAUUACAUUUCGCCAAAACCGGGUCAGUUUAUUUGCUACGAAACUGGUAAUGUGAUUGGAAACCACGAUGGUUACUUCUCGUAUACAGUUGGUCAGCGUUCCUUAAUAGGUGGUCUACGUAUCUCAUACGCUGUUUUGCAUAGAAAUUCAAAGGAUGGAAAUGUAUUAGUGGUACCAGGCUUAAACCACCCUGCCCUGUACAGAAAGAGUUUAGUGUCUGGACCAGCACACUGGAUAGCAGGAGAGCCAGCUUUGCUAAGAGAGGGAAAACCCCUCAACUGCUACUUUCGUUUCUGCCAUAGAAACUCACUUGUACCCUGCACAGUUCACCAACUGGAAAAUGAAAGAUUACUAAUUAUCUUACAACAUCCAUUAAGAGCUAUGACAGUUGGACAGGAUGCUGUGUUAUAUACAGAAGACGAAUGUUUAGGUGGUGCACAAAUAGAUGAUGUGGGGCCUUCCAUGUAUGAAUCACAAUCACAAGAUAAAAUCGUUUUCGACACUUUUAGAGACAACUGUGACUUAUGGCUUCGAAUGUUAGAUACAUAUGGCCCUGAAGUUGCUGCGUUCUCAAGUGCAGAUACAACACAACAGUUAGAUAAUUAUAAUAAGCAGAUAAAGUCUUUUAAGCAGUCACAAGUUUUACAAGAUCAAAGUUGACCUGUGUUUUUACCCAAAUAAUUUAUAUAUUUUCGACUCCGAUUCUAGAUUUUUUUGUAAUACACGUUUUGGUUUUUGCUGACAUUGCGUGUUGGUAUAUUAACAACGUGAUAAAGUAACAAGACCAAUCUAAAUCUGCAUUGCAUCAAACACAUGUGGUAAAAAUCGAAUAACAAAUUGUUUUAAUUCUGAAUUUUUUUAAAAAGCAUCGAAAACCU